CAUUUGAUAUACUUUAUAAUAUAUUUGAUAUACUUCUCUGAUUUUUCAUAAAUAAGUUACACAAUAGAUUUAUUAUUAUAUAUAAGUGACGAUAAAAAAUCUCUACAUAUGUCAUCUAUCACAUGAAUUCUUACAUUAAGAAUAGUGGAAGAUUAAGAAGAUCAAGAUUCUUGAUUCUAACAAUACGAUAAAAUACGAUAAAAUAAUAUCAAUUUUCUCCACUACUCUCAAUGUGGGAAUUUGUGUGGCAAGUCUGGAUGCAUGAUAGAAUGCAGUUUUGUGAAUUAUAGUUUUGCAGCGUCAUUUACCAUAUGCACUUUAAUUUGUGUUACACGUGAUUGAAAACAUGGCAGCUAAAAUGCAGCAUUUUGAUCCACCAAGUUCGGCCAGUUCAGAAAGUGAUGAUGAAGUUUGUUUGGGUGAAAAAGAAAUUUUCCUUGUUGAUGAAUUAUGCGAAGAUGCUGAACAUUAUAGACGUUCUGAUAUCGGAACUCCUACACCGCAGUCUCCGAGGCCACCUUCUACAGAAUCAUUGAUUUGGAGUACCUGUGUUUGGCAAACAGGAUGUACUUGGUUUACUGAAGUAGAGUCUUUUUAUAAUUUGAAGAAAUCAGUUAAAACUUCCAAAAGUUCACAGAGAUCACCCAGAUCGAGGAGACAACGUACUACUAGUUUAUCUCAGUCUAGCAAAAAAACUUCUGCAGAAUCUAUUCUUAGAAGUAAAACAAGAACAAUAUACACAGCUGGUAGGCCACCAUGGUAUAAUUCAGCUGGUCAACAAGUAGAACCUUUUGUAAUUGGUAUUUGUGGAGGUAGUGCAUCUGGAAAGACUACAGUUGCAACAAAAAUUAUAGAAUCUCUAGAUGUACCUUGGGUAACACUUCUUAGUAUGGAUUCAUUUUAUAAAGUAUUAAAUGAAAAACAGCAUGAAAUGGCUGCACGCAAUGAAUAUAAUUUUGAUCAUCCUGACGCUUUCGAUUUUGAAUUACUUAAAACAACGUUACAGCGUUUGAAAGAGGGUAGAAUGGUGGAAGUUCCUAUCUAUAAUUUUGUAACGCAUUGUAGAGAAAGUAGAACUAAAACAAUGUAUGGUGCCAAUGUGAUUAUAUUUGAGGGAAUAUUCACAUUCUACAAUGUCGACGUGUUGAAGAUGUGCGACAUGAAGGUGUUUGUUGAUACUGAUGCUGAUGUGAGGCUUGCUCGGAGAUUACGUAGAGAUAUAUCACAAAGAGGAAGAGACUUGGAAGGUGUAUUAAAGCAGUAUAGUACUAUGGUACAACCUGCUUUUUAUUAUUAUAUAGCUCCAUUAAUGGUACACGCGGAUAUUAUUGUGCCUCGUGGCGGAGAUAACGAAGUCGCGAUAGAACUCAUUGUACAACAUGUUCAUACACAGCUUCAAUUGAGAGGUUUCAAACUCAGAGAAAAAUUAGCUCAUUCUUAUAUCGGUCAGCCAUUGCCAUCUUCUCUUUACCUGCUUCCAGAUACACCUCAGAUAAAGGGUUUACAUACAUUUAUAAGAAACAAGGAAACAUACAGAGACGAAUUUAUAUUUUAUUCUAAGCGUCUGAUACGUUUAGUUAUUGAGUACGCACUAUCUCUUUUACCUUUCGAGGAUGUAACAGUAGAAACACCACAAGGAGUAUUAUAUAAUGGAAAACGUGCUGCUACGGAUAAAAUAUGCGGUGUUUCCAUUUUGCGUGCGGGUGAAACGAUGGAACAAGCUGUCAGAGAUGUAUGCAAAGAUAUUAGAAUAGGAAAAAUACUUAUACAAACAAAUCAACAAACUGGAGAGCCAGAGCUUUAUUAUCUACGAUUGCCAAAAGAUAUUAAAGAUUAUAAAGUGAUAUUGAUGGAUGCAACAGUAGCAACAGGUGCUGCUGCUAUUAUGGCUAUUCGAGUCCUAUUGGAUCAUGAUGUUGCAGAAGAAAAUGUGUUGCUUGUGUCUCUACUUAUGGCAGAAUCUGGUGUACAUUCAAUUGCUUAUGCAUUUCCGCGCGUAAAGAUCGUAACAUCUGCCUUAGAUCCUGUGAUAAAUGAAAAGUUUUACGUAUUGCCCGGUAUCGGUAAUUUUGGUGACCGAUAUUUUGGAACCGAGCCAUCUUCGAUCGAUGAUUAAUACAGUUGAUCUCAGUUUCGUCAAAGCUAUUUAAUCUGUUAUUAUACAAAAUACAGUAAUCUCAUAUUAUCUUUAAUAAAAUUUGUGUUAUAUUGAGAAA